AUAUUUGUUGUUCUCUACCAUAGCUCCGGGGACAGAUUAGAGACCAAUGUGAAUGGAGUCGGGGUGCGGAAGACAAAAUCAAUCCCGCCAAACCAGUUGCCAUUUUGCUUAGUGGGACCGAGUGAGUGAGAAAUCUGCACCACACCACAGUGAAGACAAUUAACUAUUCUAUCUAUGUUCAUGAGUGAGGAUUUUGAUAAGGAGGAAGUUACUAAGAACCAUUCUUCCCGUAGCUUUCUAGUGAUUUUUUGAGGCCAAGGAAUUCAGAGAAGAUGGAUUCAAACUCUAAAUUUUCAGACACAUUGCUCUCAUGGUGGUUUUUGCUCUUGCAACUCUUCCAGACAAUAUUGGGACGUUUUUGGUUUUUCAAUUUGGGCCAGGGAGGUUCUGCUUCUUCUAGUCCUUCUAUUGAUUCCAAUAGUGUCCAUAGCUAUAGAUAUGAUGUAUUUAUCAGUUUCAGAGGAGCUGACACCCGCAACAGUUUUGUUGAUCAUCUUUAUGCUCAUCUAACAAGAAAGGGUAUUUUCGCCUUCAAGGAUGAUAAAAGGCUAGAGAAAGGAGAAUCCCUUUCGCCGCAACUUGUUCAAGCAAUUCAAAAUUCACGGAUCUCUAUUGUUGUCUUCUCUGAAACAUAUGCCGAGUCCAAGUGGUGUUUGGAAGAGAUGGCUACUAUUGCUGAGUGCUGUAAAAAACUCAAUCAAAAAGUAUUUCCUGUUUUUUAUGAUGUCGAUCCAUCUCAUGUACGAUAUCAGAAUGGGGUGUAUCAGAACUACUUUGAUUUAUACAAGAAGAAAUUCAAAUGUGAUCGGAAUAAGGUUGUGAGAUGGACCAAUGCUAUGAACUUUCUAGCUAACUCGAGGGGGAGCCAUCAUUCAUUUCAUCCAAGAUGA